GCGAGCAGGUGGUACAUUUCUGGAGCCGGACUUCUGGAGGCGCGCACGGCAGAGACGCAGCGGCAACCCGGCUCUUUCCCUUUGUCACCUCUGGAUCCACGCUCUCUGCGCCGAACACGGAACAUCAAGGAAAUAUUUAGUCCCCGGCAGGUUUUAAAGCGCUGCUGUCUCGUCUGUGACUGAGAAAUGAAUCACAAAGCCGUUUUAUUCUGCACGUUCCUUCAGUGUCUGUCUGCGUUCUUCUCGUCCGCUGCCGGGGAAAAUAGUGUUCUGAAAGGUGAAGAUGAUGAGUUUGAGCCAUCGAUGGACCAGAAGGAUCUACAAGGAUUGGUAAAAUACAACAUGAGGAAGAGUCUGGAUCUGGAGCAGGAGGGGUGCUACCUGGAGACUGGGAAGAAGGGGUGUCUAGAGGAGUGUGGCUUCAACGCUACAGCCAAGACCAUCUUCAUCAUCCACGGCUGGACGAUGAGCGGCAUGUUUGAAAACUGGAUGCACAAGCUGGUCUCUGCGGUGAUGCAACGUGAAAGCGGCGCCAACGUGGUGAUUGUGGACUGGAUCCCCUUGGCUCAGCAGCUUUACCCGGACGCCGUCAACCACACGCACACUGUGGGGCUGGACAUCGCUGGCCUGCUCAACUGGCUCCAGGAUGAGCUGCAGCUGCCUCUGCAGAAUGUUCAUCUGAUUGGCUACAGUUUAGGCGCUCACGUCGCUGGAUACGCAGGGACGUUUGUGGAAGGGACUAUCGGCAGAAUCACAGGUCUGGACCCAGCAGGACCUAUGUUUGAAGGCGUUGAGGAGCAGAAACGCCUGUCUCCAGACGAUGCAGACUUUGUAGACGUGCUGCACACGUACACACGGGAGGCUUUGGGUGUGAGCAUUGGGAUCCAGCAGCCCAUUGGGGACAUUGAUAUCUAUCCCAACGGUGGUGAAGUGCAGCCGGGCUGCGGGCUUACCGACGUGCUGGCCGUGGCAGGAAAUUUUAUGGAAGUGAUGAAGUGCGAACACGAGCGAGCGGUGCACCUGUUUGUGGACUCGCUGAUGAACCGGGACCAUAUGAGCUUCGCCUUCCAGUGCACCGGCCCGGACCGCUUCAAGAAGGGGGUCUGCCUCAGCUGCCGCAAGAACCGCUGCAACAACAUCGGCUACAACACCAAAAAGAUGCGCAAGAGGCGCAACAGCAAGAUGUACCUGAAGACUCGAGCCAACACUCCCUUUGGGGGCUACCACUACCAGAUGAAGAUGCACGUGUUCGACAGGAAGCAGUCCAGCAAUACUGAUCCUACCUUUUAUGUGAAAUUGUACGGCGCCCACAGCGACACAGAAAAAAUCUUUGUUGUCCAUGAUGACCCCAUCAGUAUGAACUUUACCAACACCUUCCUGGUGUUUACCGAGGAGGACAUCGGUGACCUGCUGAAGAUCAGUCUGACCUGGGAGGGAGAAAGCGAAUCUUUCAGCUCUUUCUGGAAACACGUUAAACACUCCUUCUGGAGCUGGAACGCAAACACCGCCAAACCUGUACUGGAAGUUCGACGGAUUCGUGUGAAAGCCGGAGAAACGCAGAAAAAGUUCACUUUCUGUGCGCAAGACCCUUCAAAAACUGAAAUCUCUCCAGGGGAGUCGAUAACGUUUGUGAAGUGUCGAGACGGCUGGGAAGUGAAACCAAGGAAACGGCUGUCCAUGUAAAAUCCUGGCCCAAUGAUGACCAAUGCACCGUCACCAUGGGUGGACCCGACUUGGAUCAGGGAGGAGCCCCACCUUUUCGUAUGAGCACUUUCAUUGGAGGAUUCAUCGGCGCACCGUGGUGGGGGUGGAAAGGUGGGGCAAGGGUCUUCUGGACACAUGUUCCUUCACCUGAUCUCUGGGGUUCUGUCUGAAGACCACAGGAAGGCUGAAGCGGUGGGCAGGCUUGUGGUGGCAGCAGUCCCAGCUUGUGUUACAGCUGCUUGACCGGUUGCAGAAYGUUUCUUUUCGUGUGAAGUAGAACGCAGAUGCUGUGCCAGUGGUCACAUCUGCAAUUGUAAUGGUAUGGUACUGUACAUUUUUUUAAAAAUAUUUUAUUUAUAAAAAAAUAAAAGCACUGCAAGACCAAGAUUAUUUAUGUCGGCACGUCCCAUAAUGAAGCACAUGUGGUGUUCCAUAUGCAGUAUUUGUAUGUUUGUCUGUGACCAAGAAGUCUUUCUGCUGAAAGAUGACUAAACACUGUAGGCUGAUCCGUUAAAUACAACUUACUUUGUCGUAUUGUGGCUUAUUAUGGGGUGUCUGUAUAUAUUGUAAAUAACUUUUUGGAAAUAAAAUAAAGUAUCUGUUUGUA